AUGACGGGCCUGAAGUUCCUGCCGGUGGCGGUCGCCGCCAUAUUAUUCUCACAGGCCAGCUGGGCAUAUGGAAAUGCGCCAACUGAUGUAAACGAUAGCAAUUCUGGUCAAAAUACUGGACCUGGCGGAGCUGAUGCAGGCGGGGGGGGCAAUGAACAUCCUGAAGAUGAUGGUGAAGAUGAAGGUACUGUCGGUGAAGUUGACGAAACUGCCACUAACAAGGCCGAAAGAGCGGAGUGCUGGGAACAAAUGAACCUGGCUCGAACUGCCGCUGGUUUCGAUAAACUCACGCAACAAAAUAUGUUCAAACUUUCUGCUAGUGACUGGGCAAAUACUAGAGACCAAGCCACCAAACUCACGGAAUACCUGGGAAAUGUCUGCAAUGCAAUGAAAACUAACACCGCGCCUGAAGGAUUGACCCCAGUCGCAGGCACCGUCGCCUACGCAGUUCAAGAAGGCGAACAGGCUGAUUGCCAGGCUGCCGUGGACUACUGGAAGGAAGCCCUCACAAACUUCAACGGGGAGGUGCCACCAGCAUAUGGAGCAAACGCUGCACCUUACGACAACACCCAAAAUGUCUCCUUCAUUUCCCUCUUCAAUCCCCAAGCAAAUCCUACGGUUGACUGCGCAUACUUCGUCUGCCCUGCAUCAACACAGAACGCCAAGGAACAGCAGGGAAACACUAAUACCGACAAGAGCAUGAAUGCGUUGAUUUGCGUUACUUCGCCCAGCGCCUUGACAAAUAGCCAAGAACCCUUUACGAAGGAGCAGUGGAACAAAAUUACUGCGGCUCUCAACUCCAGUAGUGCCGCAUCAGCAGCACCAGCGGCUCUUGCCCUUGCUGCCGCUGCAUUUGCCGCAGUUUUCCUCUGA